AAGACGAGCAUCAAGCUAUAUGGCGUGGCAAGGGCGCUGCUUCAGGGCCGGCAUGAUGCUGGCUCUGACUAGGCAUGGGCGUGCCGGUGCCAAUUCGACUUACGAGCUGGUGCUCUUCCAGCCGAAGAUUCCUCAGUACGUCAACGCGGCGGAGCCGAAGAGCCGGAGAUCAGAGCAGGAGACGUGGAUAGGAGAGCUCCUUGAAAAGCUAGACGAUCAGUUUCGAGUAACCCGGGGCUGGGUCGGGGGCAAGGCAUUGGCACACGUUGAGAAGCGCAGCAGUCGUCGCGUCUCGCCCGACUCCGUCGAAGUCUCGUGCGAGAUCAUAGAAGAGCUCAUGAUCGACGUGGGCACGCUCCCCACCAACAAGACAGAGUUUCUCGACAGGGGUUUCCAGGAAAUGGACCGGUACUCUAGUUCUUAGGACACAACUUGGAUGGUUUGCGGGCUGGCGAGUGCCCAAGCCCCGAAGAGAGUGGAUUCAAUCCCAUGGGGGGAGGAAACUCUUAGGUACAUGUCACUGACAUAGUGUUGUAUCUUGGCUUCACUUAGAGAUCUACCAUGGACCGGAGAAAACGCUGA